AUGGGUACUUUCGUCAAUGCCCGAGAGCUCCUCGCAUUCGCAGCAGGAGACAACUCCAGCGACACCCUCAUCGCCGGCAGACAUUGGAAUCUCACGACGUUGAACCAUUGGAAUUAUACCUACUACUCCAAUGGCACAUUCUCGAACGGCUCGCGCUGCUACCUCGUCUUCGAACCGUACACUCCGUACCUCCUACAGAAUGGCACAUUUCUCAACGAUACUUCAUGCUAUAGCGCGAUUAGAUCUAUUGGCCCCCGUGCUGGAGGGAGUCUAGGAUUUGGUUGCUUCUUCUUGCUGAGCAUCGUGUUCACAUUUAUAAAUCUGCGGAAACAUGGCCGGUUAUUUCUGCCAUUGGAAAAACGGUUCAGAGCGGUUGGAAGACGAUGGCAAUGGUACUGGAUGCUGGUUGCGGCAGCUUUUGGAGCAAUUAGUGGAAUCACAAGCAUCGAUGUCGACAGAUACUACCUGCCGGAGCUUCCGAUCGUCCUCACCAACUUUUUCUGGUUUUUGAUGCUCCCUACAACAAUGGCGGUUGUGUGGGAGAGCGUACGCCAUUGGGGGAGCUGGCAGGAGAGGCAGGCUGUGGAUCCAAAUCCGUUUGCAAUGAGACAGGAUGAUAGGAGGUCAAAGGUCGAGUUCUAUCUUCCGCUGGCCUUUUACCUUUUCGCAUGGCUGAACAUCUUCAUGGUAAUCCCGCGUUCAUGGUCCGCUAUCGAAAAACAACGCGAUCCAGAACAAGCACGAUUGAAUGCCGAAUCUGUGGCCACUGACACUCGCUUCAAAGCCGCCGCUUUCCUUUUAUUCUGCGGCUGGCUUACUACAGCAUUUUCACUUCAUCACUCAAUAACACAUUACAAGCCGCGGAAUCGUGGAAUGUUCAAUAGAACUUUUGGCUUCUUGAAAUACACACCCACCAAGUUCUUGCUAACAUUGCUUCUUUCACUUGUUAUGGUUGGCUAUGAGGCAGCUAUUGCUUUCGAUUUCUCGAUCUCACCUCUUAAUAUCGACCCAAAUCUACCGAUAGUAUUCUUCGUAGGAUGGCUUCCUAUUGCUCUCAUUUUCUUGGUCUACGAAAUUGCCGGCUAUGUUGAUUACAACGAAGACCGAGAAUUGAUUCGACAGCGCCGUAUUCGCGGUGCGGAGGCCGAUAAUGAAAUAGGAAUCACUAAAAAGCCACAUUGGUGGUCUCGACUCCAUGGCAACAAUCAGGCUAUCAAUGUUCAUGAUGCCAUCGCAAGGAAUGUUAACGAAAUUGGUGGAGGCAGAGCUACGCACAUGAAUCUAGAAAGCAGCAUUGAAAUGGGCAAUAUGCCGUCCAGCAAAUCGAAAGAGCCCAUGAGUACGGACAUAACAGGGUCGAAAGCAAAACCGGAAGGUCCUGAAGCGAUCCGGCUAGCAGCCAGUUUGUUGUUUCCAGUCCAAAAUGAAUCAAGCCAGUCAUCAGAUAGGUUCACAGAUGAGCCAAUAGCUGAUCGUGGUCGAAAUAUGACUGAACUGCGGUUAAGUCAAGAAAAUGAUCCCCGCGGGCCCAUUAGCAAUCGGAGCCAAAGCACAAAUAGUGGCACCACUCUCGUUGCCAACCCGCAACAAAUAAGAUCGAUGCUGGAUGUCUAA